AUGGCUGCGGCCAAAGUCGAACGCCUGGAAAAGGCGAUUAAUUCUUUGGAAAGUGCGCUGAAAGCAAACGAUCUUGUUCCUCCCAAUAAAAAAACCGUCUCCUACGAUAAAGAACGUAAUGCUUGCACCGAAAUAAGGGGAAUCAUCAUUUCAAAUGAUUUUAAUACAUUGUACAAGGCCGAUCGUCGUUAUGGCGAUUUGAUGGCCAAAGCUGUGGAGGUAGUCUUCAGAAUGGUUAAUCACAUAGAUCAGGACAUUAGAACAUAUGCAGAAGAAUCCCUUGAUGCCAUUCUAAGGAGUUUACUGCUUGGAUUCUACCAUUCACGUGUGCUUGUUUUACUCAUCACUGAAAUCGGUAGAAACGUACCUGCCCGGUCCAUCAUUUGUGCAUUUCGUCGUCUUGCUCAACUCAUUCACUUCAGCAAAUGCAACCGUAUCGUAAGUUAUGGGGUCCAUAUUCUUUCUGCUUUGACGGCCAUGUUGAAAAGGCCCGAAGAGUCCAUACAGAAUGCCAUAGUGACUAACGCAGGGUUGCUUUUUGACACAAUAGGGCCCCGAAUGCGAAGUCAACACUCUGAAAAGGCUUACAACCUAUACUGCGUGGCAGCGGAAAAUCUCGAUUUGAGUGGCACUGCUAAUCGAGCCGCAGUUACGGUGAUUGCUCAAAUCUCGACAUAUUACCCUUCAGUGAUGAACAAGGCUUUUCUGAGAUGUAUGGUAAAUGUUCGGGAUGCGGAUGAUAGUUUGAAUAGGACAAGACUGAUAGGGUCACUGAACACAUUGAAAGCCAUUUGGCCAUUGCUUUCAGAUCCCGGUUGUGCUGUCACACAAGAUAAUAUGAAAAUUGUAAUUUGUAGUGUACUGUGCUGCCUUCACUCUUCCCAUAGUGAAGUGGUGGUUCCCAGUAUAGAACUUCUCGAUAGAAUCAUGGCUAAACCAUUGCCGUGGAUGAGAGAGUUUGUGCCCCUGCAGUUCGACGUCAUGCCAUCGUUUCGAUCCCGGUUAAUGGGAUCCGAACGACCAUCUAGGACCGUGUCACCGGUUCGAGGUGAGGAAUCGAUCCCUGCUUCUUCGCUUGGGUCUAUGUUCGACGUAGCCGAUACCACAGAGGGGAUUUCGGAGUUCAAUGUGCCUUUGCAAUUACCAGAACCUUCUGAGGGCCCGUCUACCAGUGGAAGCUCUUCCCCAUUGGUUGAAGAUGAAAUUAUCGAUCCGCUAAUACACGCUGAUCUUUACGAAGAGGUCACGAAAUACGAGAAAUAUGGUUCUGAUCCAAAUACUUCUCAGUUAUCCAAUUCACCUGAUGAUUCUGUAGGAAUAUUGAAACAUCUCCCCUCGGAUGUUUGUGAUAUUUCUGCCAAUUGUUUUGUGUAUACGGCAGCAGUUCUGGGAAAACGAUUUCUUUUGGCCGGAUUGAAGGGCCUGAAGAGUGAUCGUGACGUGCGAAUAUCACACAAAAUCCUAGCUCUGAACUGCAUCACUACCAUAACGAAACAUGAGGAUCUUUCGAAGGUUACCCUUCUGUUUGGUGACUUCGAGCAGAGCCUAAAUGAAGUCUCCCGCUUCAUUCUCCAUGAUGAUGACCAACUUUGUGCAUCUACAGUAGCUUUUUUGUUCAGUUUGGAUAAAUAUGAAUCGGGAAGCACAGACAAUGCGCACAAUUACCGUAGAGUGAUGAAGGCAUUCCAACCGAUAAGAAAACGUUCUGUUUUGCAAGCUGCAAUAGGGCAACAACAUAUUCUCGAAGCUCUUGGUAUACUCCCAGAAUCCCUGUAUUUGGCAACGACAGAGGUGUCAUCCACAUUCUUUCUUCUUAAGGUCACUUGCGCAGAAUUUCUCAGUACUCUGCGGUGGAGCUUAAUGAAAACUCCCACGAAAGAUGAGUGGCAAGAACGAUGCCUUACUGCUUACUUCGAUUUAUUGUUCUCAGAUGACCAAAAAGUAAGCCAAGCUGCACUGGCAGGUUUGGAACAGCUGGUAAGGAAUGCAGACUUCACUGAGUAUUCUGGAGUAUUCGCUGCUAAAAUUCCUGACGACUUGAUUUCAUUCGAAAAGGACUCCCUGCCAGCUGUGCUCAACAUGCCACGGGAAUUCCGUUUUCGAGGUGAAUGCCCAGAUUUUGUGGUGGAAGCUAAUCUCGAAGUGAUUCUCUAUUCUUUGACUGAUUACUUCAGUAGGGAUGUUCUUGGACGCUCGGCUGGUCUCUGCUCCACGAUGAAUGCAUUACUAAAAGCAUUCCCAGCACCAGUGUAUCCAGAAUGCUGGAAUUGCUUGAGCAAGCAGCCCUCAUCUUCUUGUGGAUUUUUAUCUACAGCUGUGGAAUUAUGUGAGAUAAACCUAACUUCCCCUAGCAAGUUAGCGGAUGGAUUGAAAGUAUUGGCUGCAUUCUUCGCUGGAUACUGUGAAAGUUACAUGAUGAAUGUAGUACAAGAACAAGCUACUGUAGACCGAACGACCCUUCCACGUCUGCCCGAUCAAUUGCUGCUUGAUCGACUUCUCCUUAUGCCUCUGAGGAUUCUAAACAUGUACUAUUCUUUGGUAGCUGAAUAUCGUGCCGUCACAUCUCAAUCGUCUACCUCGCUCCUAUCGCGUCCAACACUUUCUCCUUUGCCAGCCAAGAAAGUCUCCCCUUCACGGAUUGCAGACAUAUCGAGGCUGUUGGGUACCAGUAUCCAUCCAACGAUGCAAACCAGUUAUUUAGAAUGCCCUUCACUAAAAAAUAUUUUCGAUAGUGUUGAGGGAGCUCAUCGAAAUUUCUUGGAAAGCCUUGAUCGUGAAGCUGAAACCCGAUUCACUUUACUACUUCGAGCUGGUCUUGACUGCUUAGGAACUAUCUGUGAAAUGAUGACCUUCCAGCAGAUGCGUCCAUUACUUCAGGAAAUUUUGCUGUACAUCAAGGUGACCUUUGAAGUAUGUCCAGACGGCUGCACAACAUUGCUGCAUCAGCUUUUUAAAGUUGUCUUUGGAAAGAAUACGGCUAAUAUCAAUCUUGAUGUUCUUCAUUCAAUGAAAAUGAAGGAUCCCCUUCCACCGUUGAAUGAGGCCGAAAUGCUGUAUCUGCGUUAUGCCAAUGAAUUUACAUUGUUCUCAGCGUUUGUCAGUCGGAAGGAAUAUAUGGACACAUUUGUUACGCGGAGUUUGGGUUGGCUCAAAACAGACAUGCUCUCUCGAAUUCACAAUCCACCACCUAAUGAUAUUGCCCCAGCGCUCGAGCUUUUCGAGGGAUUCGUAACAGUGUUGCUGCAAGUUUAUGGAGCGUUUCACUCCGUUCCAUGUAAGCGUGCGAUUCUUGGAGUUAUGUGUGAGUUGCCAAGAGAUGGUAUAAUCUACGCAAUGGCUGAUCCCAAGAAGGUCCUGUUCGAAGCUGUGACCACACAGUUGUAUGAUCCAGGAGCAGGGAAUAAGGAAUUGUUGACAGAGAUUGCUUUAUAUCUUAUUGUGUUGGCGAGGACGAACGUAAUCAAGUAUGAUCAAGUUUCACGUGUAGCUGUGGAACUCAUCGAGAAAGCUACUCAAAGCAAUGCCACUGAAAUAAUAUCUGCGGUCGAGGUGAUACUUUUGGAAAUUUUGUUUGCACAACGUAUGGAUGCUGACGUCAUCUAUGCAGCAUUUCGGAAUAAAUCAAAAAUGCUUUUGUCAAUGGCAAAAUCAGCGCUCAAUCAUUCUGUCUACGCCGUGGUCACUGCAUUCUCGUGUAUGGCUCCAGCUAUGUAUCGUCCUAUAGACAACGUUUUUCAACUGCUUCAAAGUUCAAUGGUAAAUGAGGAUAUUCCAUUUGCUGUCAAAUUAAAACGGAGCGUGCCACUGCUAUUCGCUAUUCUGAAUAAUGUUGCUGAAGAAAAGCUGCUGAUGCGGGCGGAACAAAUGCUUUCUGAACCAUUGGAGUGGAAUGUAUAUGAUUUAAUGAUAGAAAGCGUGACAGUUUCCCUCAAAGCUGAUGACGUGCUCAUAGACUACAUAUUGCUUCUUCUACAGACAAUGGUUAACAUUUUCAAAGCUGGGAGCUAUCCGAAGUUGUCAUCAUCGCUGCAUACUCGUUUGAAGGAGUCUGACUCGUUGUCAAUCCAAUCGCUGAGUGUCACCCAGCCAGCCGUAUUGUCGCAGUGGUUGCAAUUAUUCGCUUUAUACAAUGACCCCUUGGAGGACCACGUUGAUGUCAGUCAGUGUACAGAGUACGUCGCCAGGUUAUGUGCUUCGCUGUCUGGCACUUCUCCCUCGGAUAUUGAUAUGGGACUGAUGGAUGAAACGCGAUUCGCAAUACCACCUGAUCCACCGCUGACAACAGAAGGAUCUCUUCUAGAAUUCUGCAAAUCGGUUUUCCCUGGAUCUAUGUGGUACAUGAAUCCUACGAUUUUUCGUACUCUACUAUCCUUAGAGCCCCCAGAUAUUUAUUAUGUUUAUGAGUGUGUGGAUGCAGAUAGGCGCUACUCUUUCCUAGGCUAUCUAUUGAGAACUGUUUCUGAGCACCUAACUUCUCAGUCAGUCAAUCCGGACUCCUACAAGAACGCUUUGACGAAAGCGAAGGAGAUCGUAGAUGUAGUUUAUGAUUUGGUUGAAUAUGAAGGAACCCAAGAUGAAGAGGCGCUUCGUUUGAAACUCUUCAUUUUAUCCAGGAUACCACUGUUGAAUACAACGGAGAUUGUCUGGGGUAACUUCACAUCAAACGAGGUGUUGGCCUUAUUGGAUUUUGUGGCGAAUGAAAUUACGCUACCAACAUGCAGUUUGCAAUCAACUUGUGAAGGGCUGGCAUUUAUGAUGGGACAUUCGUCAACGAAGGAGAUGUUCACCCGUGAUAUAUUCUUUGCAAUUCAAAGUAUCCACAGACUGGUUGUCAGUAUUUUGAAAUUAUUGGAUAAGGGUAGCCCUUCGAGGUUUGACCACGUGUCUGCAACUGAUAAAAUUGUUGUUACGACUACCUCAGAUGUUGCAGGGUCUCAAGACUACGAAGACUUCGGUGGACUAGACGGGUUUAUUGUUACGUUGUUCAAUGAUGUUCAUAAUAUUUGUCAUUACUAUCGAUCUCAUGCUGGUGGUUAUAUGAACCAUGUUGAGAAGUUAACUAGAGCGCUUUUCCGUCAUCCGAUUUUGCACAAAUUUGCUAUUGUUCCUUUUGCGGCUCUCAAAAUGAAUUGGAAACUACGAGUUGAGAUACGGGAGAAUGCCGUCCAUGUUCCACUUGUAAAUAUUCAUCUGUUAUGCAAUUUAAAUAUUCUGAAUGACUUUUCAUGGCGAGUUAACUGGUUAGGCUGGAUUUCUCGUCAGCAAUUCGAAGAUUUUUGGAUGACACUUUUUGGUGUGCUUUCAUCAACUCCAACGGGCAGUGAAUUGACCUCAGAAACUUCAGCUAAUCUUUCGGAGCAGAUAUUAUCAAGUAGCGUAGCUGUAUCAGUGCUCACAGACAUAUUACUCUACAGCCUUUUAUAUCCUGAACCUGGUAAUCCGCCAACUGGUCGUUUUGUCAUCAAACAUCGCGAACGGAACGAUCCUUUCUAUCAGUCGAAAUCGAUGCAGUUGCUGUGCAAGCUGAAGGCAAGGUUGACUGGCGACCUCGAUCCACCGCAGGCAUAUCGUAGAAAUCUUGAACGGCUUAAUGAUACGGGUGAAUACUACGGAUUUGGCCAGCUGUCAGCAUUGUCACUGUGGACUCUAACGGGAGUCUUAAACGAAGAAAAUCCGCAGAAACUCACGAAGACCGAUAGUCCGCGGAUGCGCGUAUCGCUAUCUGAAUUCAUCCUGAAGACAACCUGUGAGCUGGACACCGCUUCAUCAGUACGCGCCUUGUUUGAGAACUUCUCACAUUGGUUCACUCGUGGGAUUGACUAUCUUCCUCUGCCGCUUCUGUGCUCAACUGUCAAAUCGAUGGCUUUGCUGUCAGAUCUGUUCGAUGACUCGGCGUCUUAUGAAUUUCUUUACUAUCAGAUGAGGAGCAUUUUUCGUGGAGGUCACCUGGAUCGUCAUCCGGAUAACGGCUAUGUUAUUUACAGCUUGUUGAAAGCUGUAACAGUCAUAGGACUCGAAACUGCAUCCCGUGGUAUGACUGAAGCUGACCUAGCGAAGCAAAUACUCUCCUGGGUCAGUUACCAAGCCUCUUUGUAUUGA